GGGGGUGAGGAUUUCGAUAGGACGGAGUGUUGUCGCGAGCUCGGUGUUGCAACGAGUGUAAGGACGACGUUCUGGACGUCGAAAGUCGACGGAGAGAUUAGAAUACGAGGUAGAACUGGUGGUGGUGGUGGCGGUGGUGGUGACGACGGAGAAGAUAAUAAGGAAAAAAAGGCGUCGAGAAAUAUUGUGAAAAAAGUCGCGGGGGUUGAAACGUUAGAUUUAAGCAGAGAAAAGUCGAAAAAAAGUAGUCAGCGCGAAAUCAGCGCGAAGAACAACAGAAGAAAAGGAAGGAGAAGAAGAAGCUUUAGCACGGUGAAGAGCCAAGUGUACGCAGUCACCGUGGGUGAUGUGAGGCUGGCGUUCGCCUCACGUUUGGGGUAAUGCCCUCCAGUGAGCCCCAUCCCUCUCAGUACCAUCUACAGCAGCAUCACGGGAUUAUUCAGGCAUCGCAUUUGCAGCAGCAGCUCUCGUCGUCGUCGACGUCGUCGUCGACGAGCGCUAGCAUUGGGCAUCAGCAUCAGCUAUAUCAACAGCUGGUUGCGGCCCAUCAUCAGCAACAGCAGCAGGAGCAGCAAAGACAGCAACAGCAACACGGAAGCUUUCAAAAUUCCACGUACGCGCAGCAAAAACAAGAGAUGAGCCCGGAGGAGGAGGGCGGCCGGGGUGGCGGGUCCCCUCCGGCAGCAGGGGCUGCUCUUCAUCAGCCCCAUCACCCUCGUACCGCGAGUCCACCAUCGGGUACGGAACCGUGCACGCGGGACGCAAUACCAACGCCCACGCCUACCGCGGACACGACAACGACGACCACUGCUACGAGUAACAGCGGAAAUGGCAAUGGCAAUAAUAACGGUGGUGGUAACAACGGAGGAACCGGUACGACAGUCGUUACCGGUACAACUUCGGUAACCGCUGGGGCAACAGGAAUUACGUUGAGGGAACAACAACUGCAAGGGCCAAGCCCGAGUCCGAGCCCAACCGGUGGUGACGUUGAGAAAUUCGACGGCAAAAUCGUUUAUAAUCCCGACGGAUCGGCAUAUAUAAUCGAGGGAGAGAGUGAACUUAGCGAAGACGAUUCGUUGCCUGAUGGAUGCAUAGUCGAUGGUCGAGGUGUUUCGGUUCCACACUCUUUGGUCUAUCCUCAAAUCGCCAGUGCUUACUAUGUCUCGAGGCUUUAUGCGCAUCAGGCGUAUCAGCAACAACAACACCAGCAACAACAACAAAGAUCCGCGGCUCAACAGCACAAUCCUGAUUUACCUGUAAUGCAUAGUUAUCGCGUAAUAAGUUACAGAAGCGCGGAAGGUAGCAAACAAAAACAGCCCAGUACACCGACGCCGACGAGCGGUACGCCGACAUCCGCAGCUUCGGUGCCUGUCAAACCAAUACUCAUGUGUUUUAUUUGCAAAUUGAGUUUUGGCUACGCCAAAAGUUUUGUAGCUCACGCACAGGGUGAACAUCAGUUGACGCUUAUGGAGGACGAGAGGCAAGUGUUGUCUCACUCUACGGCAUCAGCAAUAAUACAAGCGGUUGGCAGAGGUAAACAACCGCUCGUGAGUUUUCUCGAGCCCGUAACGGAUUCGUCGGUUUGUCCACAAACAUUACCGGCACAACAGGGUACUCAACAAGGGCAAAGAGGUAGCUCAGGGACCGAUGUUAUUGAACAAAUGGAGACAACAACGACAACGAGUACUCCCGCGAGUACGCCCGGAAUACCGAGUAGUCCGUCGCAAGCGAAUCAUCAUCAGCAGCAGCAGCAGCAGCAGCAGCGCGAAAGGCCAUCUCCGACAACACCUACAACACCAACGUCGCACUCGAAUACACCAUUGAGUUUCAAUCAUCAGCAGUCUCAACAGCAACACCAAUGGACCGGUGCUCAAGUGAGUGCGGCGUCCUGGGCGAAAGCUCCAGAUGCGAUGCACUAUACUUCUCCACCUCCACCGCCUAGUUCAACCAAAGGCUCGCCCUCGUCGUACGCAGCCCUGACUCAACAACCACCGAAUUUUUUAACCGGUACAACGAUAGGGGUUUGUCCGGAACACAUGCAAGGACGUCCCAGUGGUGUUGAGUGCCCGAAAUGCGAGUUAAUUCUCGCGAGUAGUCGGUUAGCCGGCCCUGGUGGUCCGCUCGCCGGUAUACACAGUAGAAAUUCCUGCAAAACCCUCAAGUGUCCGAAGUGUAAUUGGCAUUAUAAAUACCAGGAGACACUGGAGAUCCACAUGAAGGAAAAGCAUCCGGAAAGUGAAACCUCAUGUAUUUACUGCAUAGCAGGACAACCUCAUCCGAGGUUAGCCCGAGGGGAGACUUACACCUGUGGUUAUAAACCUUAUAGAUGCGAAGUGUGUAACUAUUCCACAACGACCAAGGGUAAUUUGAGUAUACACAUGCAGAGUGAUAAACAUCUGAACAAUAUGCAAGAGCUCCAGCAAGGAGGUGGUGCUGCUUCGGCCGGUAGUAACCCAUCGUCGUCUCAAGAGGCUCCUAUGCCAACGAGAAGUCCUCAUCACCAGCAAAAUCACGGUCCUCAUUUGAGCGUUGGACAAACGGUGAGCCAAGGGAAGCCGAAACCAACGUUCCGUUGCGACGUUUGCAAUUACGAAACUACCGUUGGGCGAAACUUGAGGAUACACUUGACCAGCGAAAAGCAUACGCACAACGCGCUUGUUUUGCAACAAACACUAAAACAACAGUAUCACCCAUUUUCGGCGCUUCAGUCCCAUCAUCAACAAGCCCAACAUCAUCAUCAGCAACAGCAACAGCAACAGCAGCACCAACAACAGCAACUCGAACAACUAUUGCAUCUUGGUGGUCUCGACAAACCUCAACACGCCGAAGCUGCGCUUGCCGAUAUGGCUUAUAGCCAGGCUCUUCUUAUACAAAUGAUGACGGGUGGUCAAUUGCCACCGCAACUGCCACCCGAGUUAAUUGGAGGUAUGGCGAAUAUGGGAGCAAUGAGCAAUCUCGCGGGGGACGUUGGUCUAUCGCCCGAGAGCAUGGAGCCACCCCCUGAACCCGCAGAUCCUGACCCCACGUGUCUUUUUCACUGCUGUGUAUGUAAUAAUUUUGCGACUGAUUCCCUCGAGGAAUUGGGCAAGCAUUUAGCAACGGAUAGAUCGCGUACGCGAGAAGGUGAGAUUCUCGCCCUCGUAGCAGGCAAUUUCGGCUGCAAAUUAUGUUCCUACAAGACCAAUCUCAAGGCAAACUUCCAGCUGCAUUGUAAAACAGACAAGCAUCUGCAGCGUCUUCAGCACGUUAAUCACGUUAAAGAGGGUGGUCCCCGUAACGAGUGGAAGCUCAAGUUUCUCGCGUCACCAACGAGCGCUGCUCAAUUACGCUGUCACGCGUGUGAUUAUUACACCAACAGUGCUCACAAAUUAGCUCUACACGCAUCAUCGCCCCGCCACGAAGCUGCUGCUCUUUUACUUCGUCAUUUACUCGAAGCAAGUGCCAAUACCCAAUCAGUGGGUAAACUGUAUCACUGUGCCCUGUGCGGUUUUAGCGCGAGGCACAGGCUUCCUCUGUUACAACACGUACGCUCACUGAGGCAUCUGCAGAUGGAACAAUUGCAUCAGUUGCAUCGACGCGUUGGUACACAGGGAAACGAAACUCCGCAUACUGAUAUCGGCGACGUUUUUCAAGUUGCCGCUGAUCCCGACUCGUCGGCCAGUCAACAACCUAGCCCGACCACUCCUACAACACCAAACGCCGCAAACAACAGCAACGAGCGGCGUGAAGAAGGCAGUAGCGAUUGCGGAAGUGAGGUGAAACAAGAGCCCGAAAACGAUCUGGAAGUCGAUCCAGAACAGGAGGAGAGCGAGGAAAUUAUCACGUGUCCUUAUUGCAUGUUUCUACCAAGCUCGAGGGAUGAGUUAAGGACGCAUCUCCUGAUUGCGCAUAGGCAGGAUUCCGAGGAAAAAGUAGACACUGUGAAAGAAGAACCGACGCCGGAAUUGCUUUGUCCUUUGUGUCAGGAUGGUUUCAAGGAACGUCCGGCACUGGAGAAGCACGUAAUGCAAAUUCAUUCAGUGAAUGCUGAUGGUUUACAAAGGCUCUUGCUUCUCGUUGAUCAAAGUCACUGGUUGAAUAAUAAUCCACGGAAUACUUCGACACCCGCGGCAACGCCUACUUCGCCGAGUACUGCGACCGCAAAAUCUCAACAGCAGCAACAGCAGCAGCAACAACAACAACAACAGCAGCAGCAGCAGCACCAACAACAACCACAGGCGCCACAACAACUGCAUCAUCAAGAGGAGGAGAUUAACGAACGUACGACUGUCGACGAAGUCGAGGAGAUCGCCCAUUGCACCGUUUGCGGACGGGUGUGUCGUUCAAUCGAGGAGCUUCAGCAACAUCAUCGCGAGGCUCAUCCUGCCACGAGACCAACCCUAGCUGUUAGCGAGAAACACGUUCACAAAUAUCGUUGUGGUCAAUGCAGUCUCGCUUUCAAGACACUAGACAAAUUGCAGCAACAUUCGCAGUAUCACGCGAUACGAGACGCCACAAAGUGCGCGCUGUGCGGUAGAUCGUUUCGUUCGGUCCAGGCUCUCCAACGCCACUUGGAAUCUACUCACGCUGACGUACACGAGGAAGAAUUAGCGCAAUACAAGCAAAGCCUGUUGCAUGCUCAUCCUUUGCUUCAGGCGUUGACGGAAGAAGCAUUUCGUAGACAAGGUGGUCUCGUUUCGGAUGCAAAUGCCGAAGAGGAGAGCCGCGGUGACGAAGAGGAAAGCGAUGCCAGCGACUCGUCACCAUUGCACAAAGAGCAGCGUUUACUCGAGGAUUAUUUGAACAGCCAACCCGUUGCUGAGGACAGUUAUCACGAUCCUGGGCGCAAGUUCAAGUGUCAUCGUUGCAAAGUCGCAUUUACUCGUCAAAGUUAUCUCACCGGACACAACAAGACUUUGCUUCAUAGGAAGGGUGAAAAAAUGUCUUAUCCAAUGGAGAAGUAUCUCGAUCCAAAUAGGCCAUUCAAAUGCGACGUUUGCAAGGAGAGUUUUACGCAAAAAAAUAUUUUGCUCGUGCACUUUAACAGCGUGAGUCACUUACACAAACUCAAGCGAGCGGUGCAGGAACAAGGCAAUAACAAUACUCUCAUAUCGGUGGUACCACCGGCUAGUCCAGUGGAGUCCCCUGAUUCCCAACAAGAUCAGGACAAAAAACCGUAUAAAUGUAACAUCUGCAAAGUCUCGUACUCGCAGGGUAGCACGCUCGACAUUCAUAUGAGAAGUGUUCUACAUCAGACCCGCGCCAGUAAAUUGCAAGAUCUCGCUGCGAGUGGUCAACUCGAUCUUGGACGUCCGUUGAUCGAGCAACCGCCACCUACGAGUCCGACGAGUCCACCUUGUGGUAAUAACGCGACUACGAAUACCGGUGGCAAUCAAGUAUCCUGUCCCCGUUGCACUGCACUGUUUGUGAAUCAGGAACAAUUGGCCACGCACCAACAACUAUACUGCAUAUUCAGCAAUCCACUGGCGCUCUUUCAACAAUUGGCAGCUUCUCAACAAAUCGCCGCUUCCACCCCGGACAAAACACCGCCGCCGAUGUCAACGACACCGGGACCUCAGCAACACGCUCAAUCGACAAACGUCGCUCAGCAGCAACAGACGCAAGUAGCUCAAGAUAUUCUUGGUCAACCUCGUCACAAGACUUCGCAGAUGUACAAACAUUUGCUCGAGAGCUUCGGUUUCGAUCUUGUGAUGCAAUUUAACGAGAAUCACCAGAGAAGACAAAGAAAAGAAGAAGAAGCGGCGGCGGCUCUUCAAGCACAGCAAGAACAGCAGAAGCAAGAACAACAGAAACAAGCUUUGGCUGCACAAGCAGCGCAAGAGCGAGAAGAGGAACCCGAGGAGACGAUGGACGAGGAAGCAAUUCCGGAAUUAACGCGCAGUACCUGUCAGCAUUGCAACAAAGAAUUUAGCAGCGUUUGGGUUUUGAAGGCACAUUGCGAGGAAGUACAUCGCGAUUUGGUGCCCCGUGAAUUCCUCGAAAAAUACGCUCAACAAUUCAAGUGCGAGUACGAAAAGAAGAGCGUUGUCGUUACCGUGGCUACCUCAUCGUCGACGAAUACCGCGCCACGAUGUUCCACGCCGGCGUCCAAUCAGCCGCAGGAUCUCAGCUCCGAUAAGGAGAGGUGCGAUAAGGAGAAGGAAGAGAGUCCCGAAAGUAUGAAAGAACAAGUCAGUCGUACGCCAGAAGCCACAUCGACUACUCCGGCGACGACACCGGCAUUGAGCAAUACACCAGUCUCAAGUACGGAUUCUCUAACACCGACUGCUCUUUCGACCAAUGCCACGCAUCAUAUUCAAUCACAACAACAACAACAACAACAAGCACAACAACAACAACAACAACAACAGCAGCAGCAGCAACAGCAACAAGUUCAGCAGCAGCAGCAACAACAACAACAGCAACAACACGCCCAACUGACUCUAGCUCAACAGAUGUCUGAAAUGCAAGCCGCUCUCAACGCCAUGGCUGCUUCGCAGCUGCAACAACAACUCCAACAAUAUCCCGGUCUCAUGAUGGGUAUGAUGGGUCUUCCUCUCGGACUCAAUGUGCCUGCUCUGGCUGCAAUGAAUCUACAGCCUCCUCUCGUUCCAAUGAUGCUGCCACCACCUCCGUAUGACGGUGCUAACGCCGGAUAUCCACCCAUUAACGCACAGGCUGAUAUUCUUGCGAAGCAACAUCUUGUUCUGCAACAACAACAAGCGGCUGCGGCUAAUGCAGCAGCGUCGCAAAAGCGUGCACGUACGAGAAUAACAGAUGAGCAAUUGAAGAUACUGCGAGCUCAUUUUGACAUUAAUAAUUCGCCGGGUGAAGAGCAGAUUUUGGAUAUGGCAGCGCAGAGUGGCCUCCCACCGAAGGUGAUAAAGCAUUGGUUCAGAAAUACGUUGUUCAAGGAACGUCAGAGGAACAAAGAUAGUCCGUACAAUUUCAACAACCCACCGAGUACGACACUGAAUCUCGAAGAGUACGAAAAAACAGGGGAAGCCAAGGUAACACCGUUGAAUUCGAGUGUCUCCGGAGGCAGUUCUUCGGAUGACAAGAGUCCGAACAAGCAAGCCUCUCCACCCCCUCCAUCGUCCGGAUUACUAUCGGGUUCGAUGUUGCCGCAAAUAAACGAGAUAAAACAAGAGAUACCGGAACCUACGCAAUUGCAACAGCAACAAUCGCAGCACGAAGAUCCGCAGCAUCAUUCACCAGGAAGCUCGGGCGGACAACAGUCCCGACCUCAUUCACCCGCGCUGAGCAUGAGUUCAGUGUUUUCGGGACUUCAUCAUGAUAUUUCUUCUCACGGUCCGAUUGUGACAAGUGCGCCGAGUACGCCUAUGCUGCCACCAAAAAUAGCACCACAGAACUUUGCUAGUCCGAACGCGAGCUCAGGAGUCGUAGUGCCAGGCUCAAUCGCUGCACUGGCAUUGACACCGCAACGUUCUUUGAGCCCGGGACGCGGACCAGCCGAUUAUUCCUUCGGUGGUAAUAGCAAUGGUAGCAAUUCAUCCGGGGGUAGUUCGGGUAAGCGUGCCAAUCGUACACGUUUCACCGACUAUCAGAUUAAAGUUUUGCAAGAAUUUUUCGAGAACAACGCCUAUCCCAAAGACGAUGAUCUCGAAUAUCUGAGCAAACUGUUGGGUCUCAGUCCCCGAGUUAUCGUUGUUUGGUUUCAAAAUGCUCGACAAAAAGCUCGCAAAGUAUACGAGAAUCAACCGGCGGCUGAACCGGUAACACCAGGUGGUCGAGAAGGUGACGAUGGCUCGGGUCGUUUCCAGCGUACUCCGGGUCUAAAUUAUCAGUGCAAAAAGUGCUUACUCGUGUUCCAACGUUACUAUGAGCUUAUCCGACAUCAAAAGACUCACUGUUUCAAAGAAGAAGAUGCCAAGCGUAGUGCUCAGGCUCAAGCAGCAGCGGCUCAAGUUGCCGCGGUUCUGAGUUCUGAGGACAGCAACAGUAGUUCUACGACAACCACUAAUGUUAAUCCGAGUAACCAAACACCGGCUACUCCGCUUGCUGAUCAACUCCAACAACCAAUGACGACCCCAACACCGCCUCAUAUUCAACAACAAAGUUUGUCGCAGCCGUUGCAUCAACAGACUCAGCAGUCGAUCGCAGCGGCUUCUCAGCAGUCGCAAUCCGAACCGAAAGAAGGCAGCUUUCAGUGUGACAAGUGCAAUCUCAUGUUUGGGCGAUUCGAACUUUGGCGAGAACAUCAGCUCGUACAUAUCAUGAAUCCAUCGCUCUUUCCACCCGCUUAUCCGCCUGACUCGCCCUUUGGUAUACUCCAACAACAGGCGCUCAACGCCAGUACUGGCAUCAACGCCGAUUCGCAGCAUCCUCUGAUUGCGAUGAUGCAAGAUCGCAAGAGAAAGUACGAGGAUUUUGAGGAGAGCACGGGUAGCGAUGGACGACCAAAUUCCGAGCACAACGAGCAGCCCAAGGACAAACGUCUGCGAACAACAAUCCUCCCGGAACAACUCGAUUAUCUCUAUCAAAAGUACCAAGUAGAAUCAAAUCCGUCGCGUAAAAUGCUCGAGACUAUCGCGCGCGAGGUCGGCCUUAAGAAACGCGUGGUACAAGUGUGGUUCCAGAAUACACGAGCGCGCGAAAGGAAGGGUCAAUUCCGUGCCCAUAGUCAGGUAAUAAACAAACGUUGUCCUUUCUGUCCGGCAUUGUUUAAAGUUAAAUCUGCAUUGGAAUCGCACCUGUCGAGUAAACACGCCGAUCAAGUUGCUCGCGGGGAAGUGAACAUCGAUAACAUACCGGACGAGGAACUCUCGAUGGAGUCUGCACCAUCGAAUUCCAGCACUCCGAAUAUGAUGCCACCGCUUUUUCCACCGUUCAAUACUGACAUGGAGGCAUCAUUGAAGAAGUACUACGAAGAGUCGAUGAAACGUUACAUAAGCGAAUUGCAGGCGCACACGAGCAACGGAAAACAAGAAGGUAGCUCGGCAGUGACAACAACAACGACUACGACGAAUCAAGGCUCGAGUAGCACGACCGGUGAAUCGCCGCUCGAUCUGAGCAAGCCCGUCGAUCUUAGUCGUCCGGUAAAGCUGAGUCUCGGUGGAUUAUCGAAUUUGCUAGAAGAUCAGCACAAUGUUUCGCAACAUUUUCGAGGUGGAAGCGAUUGCGGUCCGUUGACUGAUCUUUCGGAGCGUAGUAUAUGCGACGAUGACAGUAUGAGUGAGACUACGGAAUUUCUCGACGACGAGUGCGGUCCCGUUAGUCCAGCGUCGAGUACACAGAGUUCAAGACACGGAGGUGCUGCGAGUGGUAUGGGCGGUAGUAUCGGUGGUGGCAGUCAAGCCGUUAGCAAUGCUGGCAGCGGAAGUGGCGGUAUACAAUCAGGCGGCAAGAGAUAUCGUACGCAGAUGUCAGCGACUCAAGUAAAGGUCAUGAAAUCCUUGUUCUCCGACUACAAGACACCAACGAUGGCAGAAUGUGAGAUGCUCGGUCGUGAAAUAGGAUUGCCGAAACGCGUCGUCCAGGUAUGGUUCCAGAACGCGCGUGCCAAGGAGAAGAAGGCUCGCCUGGCGGCUGGCUUACCGGCCGAGGGUUCGGCAGUCCAGCCACAUCGCGGACCAACCGGGCCGGACGAAUGUCGUCUUUGCUCGGUUCGUUAUUCCCCUAAAUCACCGCUUCAGGAGCACGUAUUUUCGCGACGUCACAUCGAGUCCGUGAGAAUUGCGGUCGAGGAUGGUAGCCUAGUGCCACCGACACCUGGCGCACCGAUUCUUCCAAACAGUAUUAACAACGCAAUGAGUAACAACAGUACGAUCGGUACGGGCGUGGUCACUCAACAGACAACGAUAAAUCAACAACAGACAGAGGAGAACAUGAUGUACGGGUCGUUGUUUCUUCACCCGACGGCAAUGUUCCAGACUCAACAGCAGCAGCAGCAGCAGCAGCAACAACAACACUCUAGCAACGCUGCAUCGAGCGCUGCAACGACUACCACCGCCGUAGCGGCUUCGAGCCUGAUCGGUAGCGCGAAUCUCGGUGUUGGGAAUUCGGGCAGUCUGAUGUCGCUCCAAUUGGAGAACAACGGUGGCUACGUCCAAGUGCCGCGUUCGUUGAUGCAAGCGUUUUUACGUCAGGAUCCAAAUCACCCGGGAGUGGAGACGGUAAGGUUGCCGAGUGCUUCGUCGCAGGAAGAUCAAGGGGCGCCGGUGACGACGAUGACGGCGUCAGGAGCGAGUGGAGCAGUUCCGAAUUUCUGUCGGGAGGUCGAAACCGAAGUGUGUUUAGUUUGUCGUCGUUGCGGACGCGCCUAUCCUCAAGAAUCGAUGUUGCUGGCGCACCAGCGUUCCUGCUACUUGGGGAAUCAACAGAGCCGCGGUGCUUUGCGUCUCGUGCAGUCCCGCUACAGUUGCAGUUUGUGCGACACCAACAGCUCUACGAGGACUUACGGAUCGAUCACCGAGUGGCGGCGUCAUUCGGAAACUCUGCAACACCGUACGCGUUACGAACAGCAACAGCAACGGCAGCAGCCAGCGAGCCAGUCCACGGCCGGAGGAAACCCUGGGAAACUCGGAACUCCGACGAUCGACCGCGAGGCUCGCUCGCCCAACGGCGACCAAGAGGCGAAUCCCCUAGUCGACGAGAUGGAGGACGUCGUUAAUCAGAUAACUCUGCUGGCGGCGCGAGCCGCCGCGGAAAGCACCAAAAUCGGAGGGAGCCAAUCGGCGCAAAACCCAAGCGACAACAACAACGGACCCGAGGCCAAAAGACAGAAGCACGUUCAAGAGAUCGCCGCGAUCGCCGGCGGCCGCUAACCACACCGAAUGGCCGAAACGGAAAGAGCGAUCGAGCGCGAUCUUCACAGCCGGACUGGAUGAAAAAUCUUAUCGAUUGUAAUUUAAUAAUGGUGGAAACGAUCCGUAGCUUCUACCCGCGGAGAUCUUUUUGCCUGCAAGCUACUUCCCAGUGUGGUGGAUCCUCGGAAAAACCGGAGAAAAUCGGACAGUGAUGUUCUUUCUGUUCAUCUUUUUUCUUUCUUCUUUCAAUAACUCGCAGACGUUUGUCUUGUUUUCUCCCACGGGACCGGCCGAGGGUGUUUCGUACUCAUUGAUUUAGUAACGCGAUUGACGAGAUACAUGCGCAUAUCUCGUUCGUUACGGAGAAAAUAGUGAGAGAAACGUAAGGAAGACUAGACGAGAUCCAGGAGCGUUGACUGAAGCGCGCGGACUCAACCAAGUUCCUCAUAAAAACAAACCGAGAAGACGAUAAACGCAAAGCGAGAAUUCGAAAGGAUCUUUCUGAGCGACAAGUCCGCGGAGAAUGUGACGUGAAAAUGUCUCGUGUCGAACGCGUACUCGGGAUUAGGAAAGACGAUGAAAAUUCUUCGUUCAUCAUUUAUUUACGAAAUUCGACGUUUUCUUUAGUUCUUGCGCGUUUUUAGCUUCGACGGACGUUCCGAUUCGGCGUGGCUUCCGCCCGAAUCGUGCUGAUAUGAGAGUGACUGGUCAUUUUUUCAAGAUAGAGCAACUCGAGUGAGAGAGAAAAAGAUAUUUGAGGAUAGGGAGGACGAGACGAAGCGAAGCUUAAUGAGAACCUGAUAACAAAUCGUCGAAUCGACGACCGUUCGACGACGAAACGAAGGAGGGUAAAAUUAUGUAAGCGAACAAACGAACGAAAACGAAAGAUAAAUUUGUGCUAAGCGCGCAAUGAAGCUCCUCGACUUCGUCGUGGUCUGACAAAACGUUCCUAUGUAAAGUAAUAAUAAAUCAAGAAAGAAGUUACUAAAAAACAAAUUUUUGCUGACCGCUCGAGAGCGCCCGACACACUCUUACAACAGGGACAAAACAUUUGGAAAUAAAGAUUGAGGGAAAAGCGAGGAAAACUCGAAGAUCGAGCGGAGAUUUAAUCUUCCGAGUAAUGCGAUACGUAUCAACAAAAAACGAAUGAAAAAAUGCCUCGAGCCGGCCGCUCGGAUCUCUGAUUUUUUUUCCACCUCGCUCUGUCUUUUUCCCCGUAUCAAUGCGAAGUAGAGAACGAUAGUGUAACGAGCAAAGAGCAACGAAAAAGGGAAAAGAUUGAUUAGUGAAGAUCGGUGUUCGA